AUGAGGAAAAAUGGUGUUGUAUGGGCGAUUUCAAUGCUAUCAGCAGUCAAGCAGAAAAUCGUGGAGGUAGGCCUAUUGAUGAGCACCAGGCCUAUCUCUUCAAUAGUUUCAUCCAACAUUGUAACCUCAUGGAAGUUGAAAUUCAAGGAGGAGCUUUCUCUUGGUCCAAUAAUAGAACAGAGGAGGAUAACAUUCAAGAGAGGCUUGAUAAGAUACUUGCAACAGUGGAAUGGAGUGAUUUUUUUCAACAAUGCACAAGGCUGGUAUGAACCGAAUAUUGCUUCGGACCAUAAUCCCGUCUUUCUUUCGCUUGAUAAGAUAAAAGGCAGCAAGAAAAGGGAUUUCAGGUUUGAGUCUAAAUGGUUACUUGAUGAUGAUUGCCCAGGUGUUGUUGAGGAAGGCUGGACAGAACCUGUCAACGGAUCCAGAAUGUUUAAACUUGCAAGGAAACUCACAGCCACUAGAAACAAGCUUAAAAAAUGGAGCAAGGAGAAAUUUAAGAAUCCAAGGUUGGCUAUUGAAGCAAUGAAGAAAAGAAUCCAAGCAAUUCAAGCACUCCCUGUCACUGACUCUUUAAAAGAGGAAGCCAUUGCAACGGGUCAUUGGCAAGGUUUUCGCAUCAACAGAAGAUGUCCUCUCCUUUCGCAUCUUUUGUUCGCAGAUGAUUGCAUCUUAUUCUCUGCUGCUGAUCAGAAAAAUUGUGAUGUUAUCAUGGAUAUCUUGGAUAAAUUCAAAAACGCCACAGGUCAGAUGGUUAACUUCUCAAAAUCUGCAGUUUACUUCUCUUCUAAUGUUAAUGGAACUUGUAGGCGUGAUUUGAGAAAUAAAUUGUCAGUCCAAGAUAUGGCCCAUGACAAGCUUGCAAAAACAUCAUCUCGACAAGAGAGAACUUGGUUAGGAGACGUCAUGGCAGGGACUCUAGUUGCUUACGUUGUGGAGAGGAAGUUGAGUCUCUCGAGCACAUCAUGUUCUUCUGCCCGUUUGCUCAGGCUACUUGGAAACUCUCUCACUUUAGCUAUUCACCGAGGAGGGAAGGCUUUACGAGCUUUCAGAACUGGUGGGAUAAGGUGGCCUGCACUUUUGCGGACUUCGGGUCCUUUAGCUCCAUUAGUCUCAUCAGUUAUUUGUGUUGGAAUAUUUGGAAGGCAAGGAACGCUUUUCUUUUUGAAGGACAAAGUGCCCUCAACAGAUGUCAAGCUUUGGAAGUACUCCAUGGCAGCCCCCUCGAAUGACUCUAUUAAGAUUAAUUGUGAUGCAGCUUUCGACAAGGCGACGGGAGAGACAGGUUUAGCAGCGGUCUGUCGAGACCAUACUGGAGCCAUUGUUGAUGGAAUUUCUUGCGUUGCUUUUGCGGAUUCAGUGGAUGUUGCUGAAGCCCUCGCUGUUAGAAUGCUUGUAAAUUAG